AUGGAUUUUCCUUCUCUUCCAUCCGAGCAGGACCCAGGUUAUUUGGUUCUUCCUUCCACCGUGAGACCACCGGAGGCACAUUGUGAAGACGAUCGCGACAUUACUGAUGCUACUUUAGAGUACAUACGGCAGAUGCUCAUGGAAGAGGACACGGAGCAACGAUCGGGCGCGUUCCUCGACCCUUUGUUGGCUGUUAGAGCUGCAGAGAGAUCGUUCUACGAAGUUCUGGGUAUUAAAUAUCCUCCCUCUCCCUCUCCCGACCAACGACCUAUUCUGUGCAACCCUGAUGAUGAUGGCAGCACUGCCACUAAUGAUACUAGAGACUCUGUUUUUCAGUCCACUUCAAAAAUUCCCUUCAGCUUUCCCGACGGCAACAAUGGGAGUUCUGGUGCGUCGACAAACUCUUCUGUAAGCACACUUCUUUUUCCUAAUAUUUCUAGUGUUGUUGAGUCCACAAUGUUGCAGUUUAGAAAAGGGGUACAGGAAGCUAGUAUAUGUCUUCCAUUCGAGAAUCGUUCAGCAGUUGAUUCUGAGACCCGUAGGCCGCCUGCGGUGUCGAUGGAUGAUACUUCAGAGGUGGGAGAAGUGGAGCGCAUGCGCACUGGUACAGAAGGAAGGAAAGAUCCGCACAGGAGGGAUGUGGAUAUAGAAGAGGAGAGGAGUAAAAAGCGGUCAACGGUUUGUGGGGAAGAGGAAGAUGAGUUAUCUGAGAUGUUUGAUAGAGUUAUCCUCUGCUUUGAGCACCCGAAGAAGCCUGUCGUGCGUGCUUCUAGGAAAGUUCUAAAGAAUGGACAGCCAUCUGGAUUUAGUUCAAGGAAAAAAAAAAAAAGUAGAAUGGAGGGCGGGCAUUUGAGGAAACUCCUUAAUCUCUGUGCACGAGCCAUUGCGGUUGAUGAUCGCUCGAGUGCGAACAAACUUUUAUAUGAGAUUAGGCAGCACUCUUCUCCGUCUGGAGAUGGGCCUCAAAGGAUUGCCCAUUAUUUUUCUAAAGCCCUUGAGGCACGCUUGAUGGGAACUGGAGCUCAAAUUUAUGCUCAUUCGUUAUCAAAGGGGCUAUCAGCUGCCGAGCUCUUGGAAGCUUACCAAUGUAUUGUUUUGGCUUGCCCAAUCAAGCAAACCAACUUUUACUUUGCAAAUCACUGCAUUUUGAAUUUAGUUGGGAAGGCCUCCACAGUUCAUGUUAUAGUUUUUGGUGUCUUCCACGGUUUCCAAUGGCCAAUGCUUAUCCAAGAUCUUUCGGUAAGAGCUGGCGGACCUCAUAGGCUUCGCAUUACAGGGAUAGAGUUUCCCCAACCAGAUUUUCAGCCAACAAAAAAGGCUCAAAACACAGGGCGUGGUUUGACAAAGUAUUGUGAGCGUUUUCAUGUUCCAUUUGAGUAUAAUGUUAUAGUACAAAGAUGCGAAACUAUCCAAAUUGAAGAACUCAAGAUCGAAAAAAGUGAGCUAGUUGUUGUAAAUUGCAUGUUCUGA